AUGAAUGAUUUUGAUUUGGAAAAGAAGAAAAUAAAGAUGGAAUUAAAUGAGAAUGUUGAUAAGUCAAAAUUAAUCGAUCAUUAUGUUCAAAUGUUUAAACAACAAGAAGAAACUCGUAAAUUAAUUGCUCGUUUUAAGGCCAAACAAGAAUUACAAUUUAUGGAACGUCGUUAUUUUGAAUAUUGUCCUGAUUUAAGUUCAUCUCCUGCCAAAGCUCAAGAAAAGCAACUGCCAAAUUUUUCGCCUGGCCUGCAUGAACUAAAUAUUGAAGAAGACUCUGAAAAUUCUGAUGGGGAUUUAGCUGAUGAGCUUGACUCUACUUUGGAGGUUUUUGAUACCGUACAAUCUUGCCAAGUUGCUGACAAUCUUUCAGAUUCUUCUACACCCAAAAAAUUAACUCCAAAAAUUCCUCUUCUUGAUUUUACUUUGCUUUCAAUUAAUGAAGAUAUUCGUCGAAAAAAUAAUAUCCCUAAACAAUUUAUUCAAAAUUUUGAAGAAAAUCUCCCAGUUCCUAUUAUCGAAAAGGUUACUUCAUCAGCAGAUAAUUUUAAUUCUUCUGUUCAACAAUGCCCUUUGGAGUUUUUGGCCGAUAUGGCUUUGACAAACGAAGAGAAUGAAUUGAAUGAAGAUAUUUCUGUUUUACCUUUACAACAAAUAAAUGCUCAAUUGAAUGAAAAUACUUCCCAACAAGAGCAAGAAAAGACUGAACCGAAAAAUGAUUCUAUCAUUUCAACAUCUUCUGAAGAAGAAAAUAAUUCGGGUGGUAACACCAGUGAGGAUAUUACUUCAUUGCCUUUUGUUAGCGAAAAUGUAAUAAAUUCUACAAAUAAUGGAUUAAAUCAGAAUCUUACAAGCGAAAAGGUUCAAUCACCUCGUGUUAAAAAUCUUGAGAAUAUUGUUAUUGCUCAAGAACAGCUUAUUGCUCAAAUUUCUAACAAAAAUGUUCAAGCUGAAAAUAAUGUUGCUACUUUGGAGGAAAUUUUCGAUGUAGUUGAAGUAAAUGAUUUGGGUGGAGAGUUUCCUUUGAUUUCAAAUCGAAAUGAGACGGAUUCUAUACUUGAAGAAAUUCCAAGUCCGCGUGACACUGAUUCAAUAGAAAAUAAAAAGGAUAAUGGAAUUAUCGAGGGAAGUAUGUCCAAUCAAUCCAAAAUUAAAAGUGUGAAUACAUCAUCACGUGAGAGAACUUCGGCAGAAAUUGAGUCGAUUCCUGAGGAGAUUGUUUCGAUUAAAAAUGGUUAUGCUUCUGCAAAUACAAUAUCCUCUUCAAGUAUUGAUUCAAAAUCUGAGCAAAGUCAACAACCAGAAUCUAAUAAUGAGAUAGAAAAGAACAUUACAUCUCGAAAUAAUCAGUUAAACGAAUCACUUAAUUCAACAUUGGAAGAUGUUUCUGAUGGAAUUGUUUCUUCUUUCAAACCAUCAGAGAAAUCACUUCGUUCAAUUCUGUCUCCUAUGCCAAGUACUUCUUUAUGCACUGGCCGUGACAGUUUAAGCCGUCGCCGAAGUUCAGCUAGCGAAGCUCUUGUUAAAUUACGUUUAAUGAAUAAUGUUCCCGCUAUUUCAAGAAGUCCUCCUCCUAUUAAAAGUCCACCUAGGUUAUUGUUUAUAAAUUUUCUUAAAUUUUAUUUUGGUUAUUACAGAGCAACUCCCCGUUCACCAACAGAACGUUAUUUGACGAAAUUUCCUCAAAAUAUUUCUGCCCGAGAAUCUAUUUGCAAUGAUGAUAUUUUAAAUUCUCGUCAAUCUAUUGGGCCUUCUGAACUUCUUGAAGAUUUGCCAAAUGCAAGCCAGAUAGGAAUGGUUCUCGAUUUAAGCCAUUCUCCUAUUGCUAGCUUGUCUGAUAAAGAAUUAAUUAAAAAAGAUGAAUAUUUUGAGGAGAAAAAAUGUAUUGAAAAAUAUGUUAAAUUUCUUUGGAAGAAUUUUAUGGAGAAUGGAGAAAUUGAUUUUAAUUCAAUUCCAAAAUGGGAAGAGUUUAAUAUUGAUGAAGGAUUUGAGGACAAUUUUAGUGACAACUUAAAAAUUCCAAAAAAUUUGCUUCGCCAACUUUGCUAUGAACGAUGGUUUAAUUUAAUUCAAAAUACAAAUUGUCUUUUAUCUUCAAAGAAAAUUUUGUCUACAGAAGAGAAUCUUAAAGAUUAUUUGCAAAAGGAAGUUCUUUCACUUUUUGUUGACAACAAAAGAGAAAUUUGUCCAAAUGGAAUAAAAUUACGGGCAGAGAAAACUUCUCAUUUGGCAUUGGAUGUUAAUCGAUUACUUUUAGCUCAAUAUGUUUAUGAGAAUUUAAUUGUUUGA